AUGGCGGAGUUGGCGCAUGCCAUUCCGGCGGUGGACAUGAUCAAUGCCACGUCGAGGCUUCAGAUUGAAGCCGCUGAGGUCCGCGCUAGUAAGCCAAACUGGGGUUCCUAUUUGCGUUCGCAGAUGAUUCCGCAAGAGGACUAUAACUUCAUCUCUGCAUACGAGAACGCCAAGAGCAAAGAGGAACGUGACACAGUUCUGGCUGCGAACGACGCCAAUGGACAAGCUGCACGAACGAUCGUGAAUCUCAUUACCAAUGUUGCAAAGGAUCAGAACGUGCGCUAUGUAUUGACGCUCCUCGAUGACAUGCUUCAG